AUGGCAAGCCAUGGUAUACCAAGGGUUGCAACGACUGAACAAAAAUCAAUAGCAGUCCAGGAGAAGGAACGCAAGGACAUUGAAGAAUACAAGGCUUUGGUACAGCUGAUUGAGCUCAAGGCAGAGGUCUUGACCACGACCCUGGGCGACCCGCACCACCCGACUCCUGGGAAGAAUUCUACAAUUCUUGAUUUGAUACAAGCAGAUUUGGAUUUUAUAUUUCCGUUGAUGUUGGGCUGGCCGAAAUGUUAUUGGAUAUGGAAUUAUCGAUUGUGGUUACUGAAGCAAGCAAACGACCGUCUCACUGCAGAUAUUGCGAGAGGACUGUGGCAGCGUGAGCUUGUCUUAGUGGGAAAGAUGUUGACAAGAGAUAGUCGAAAUUUUCAUGGGUGGGGAUAUCGACGCACUGUGGUUUCUCAAUUAGAAGGUCCCAACUUAAACAGUCCAAGCAUGGUCGAAUCGGAAUUUGCAUACACUACAAGAAUGAUUAAUGCCGAGUUGAAAAACUUCUCGGCUUGGCACAACCGGAGUAAACUAAUACUAAGAAUGCUUAAGGAAAGGCAAGCCACCGCGAUUGAAAGGCGGCAAUUCUUAGAUGAUGAAUUUGAUCUUAUUACUAAAGCUAUGUGGAAUGAUGCAUAUCCAUAUGAUCAGUCCGUAUGGUUCUAUCAUCAGUUCCUUAUGUCAAAUCUCACGGAGUCUGUUGGUCACGCAAGCAUAGCCCCAGACUUCUCUCGAGAAGAUCGUAUUGAAUAUAUCAAGAAACAACUUGUCAAUUUAAAAGAUUUCCUUGAUGGCGGUGAAGACUGUAAGUGGGUUUAUGAUGCUUUAUUUGAGUACACACUAGCUGUAUGUGAAAUGGAGGAGCGUUUGCCUGAACGUGAUGAAAUACAAGAUUGCAAGGCCUGGCUUUCAGAACUGAGGAAGCUUGACCCUAUGAGGGCUGGGUUAAAACCGAGCAAAUAUCCUAUUCCCUGUGCUAGCAAAAGUAACGAAGAGCAGAGAGUCUCUGGCCCAUACGAUAUCCAUGAGAAGGCUGAAGCUGGUGUUGAGGAGUGCGAGAAGCAACAGGAAGAAAGAAGUGGACGAUGUUUUGCGGAAGCCGGUGUUUAG